UAUCAACAUCAACAGACAACUUGGACUUUGUACCUUUCGUUCAAGUUUAGUUAUUAUCCGUAGCGUAGAUUUACCUAUUUUGGUUUGCGUAAACAAGGUGAACGGAGGUCGGAAGAUAAGACAGGUCCAAUAGUGCAAAAUCAGGAAUUAUGGCAGAAGCACAUGCUGCUGUAGCAUUUUCCUUCUCUGUGACACCAGAUGGUGUGAAUGUAGCUGUAAAUCAUGAAGCACUUUGGGCAGUGUUCUACAGUGGCACAGCAUCAUGGAAAAGAAAACUACACAGGAUACAGAACAGUUUUCAUAAUGGUAUUUAUCCAGCCUCACCUAUGAGUUGGUUGUUUACAUUAACCAUUGUUCUGGCAUUCGGUCUAGCUGGAGUAGAUGUUUCAUGGGGAAUAAUAAAGUACAUACAAAACCAUGUUCCGGGUAUCGACUAUGCUAAUGACACCAUUAAUUUUAUAAUAAGCUCGGCUAUAUUUGGUACUGUUCUAUGGGUUGCUGUUAUCAACUUUAUAAAGUUUUUUUUAAGAAUACUAUUCAAUUAUCAAAAUUGGAUGUAUGAAGUAAGAGGAAAGAAAGUUUCCUUAAAAACCAAAUUGUGGGUGGUUUUGGUUCGAGUGCUCAGUGGCCGUAAGCCGAAGUUAAACAGUUAUCAAGCAUCAUUACCUAAACUUCCUGUACCAAGUGUAGAGGGGACCAUGGAAAGGUAUUUGUUAUCUGUAAGACCACUGUUAGAUGAUGAAAAAUACAACCGUAUGGAAAAACUUGCCAAUGAAUUUAAGGAGGGUCUUGGUAACAAGUUACAACGUUAUCUUACCUUAAAAUCAUGGUGGGCUGCCAAUUAUGUAUCUGAUUGGUGGGAAGAAUAUGUCUACCUCCGAGGUCGUGCCCCCAUUAUGAUCAACAGUAAUUUCUAUGGAAUAGAUGCUGUCUAUGUUAAACCUACAGAUAAACCUUUGGCUAGAGCUGGUAAUGUGAUAUAUUCUAUGUUAAAGUUUAGAUGCUUAGUUGAUAGAGAAGAGCUUGAACCAAUUAUCCUGAAUAAGACUGUACCUCUCUGUUCGUCACAAUAUGAAAGACAGUUUAAUACAACUAGGAUUCCUGGUACUGAAACAGACAAACUUGUACAAUAUCAUGAUAGCAGUCAUAUAUCUGUGUACCAUAAAGGAAGAUAUUUUAAAGUGUACAUUAGAAGUAAAGGACGAUUACUUAUGCCCUGUGAAAUUGAAUACAUGCUACAGAAAAUUGUGGAUGAUGAUUCAGAACCUGCUGAGGGAGAAAAAGAAUUGGCAGCUCUUACAGCUGGUGAACGUGUAGCCUGGGCUAAAGCUAGGACUGAAUACUUCUCUAAGGGUAAAAAUCGAGCUUCUUUAGAUGCUAUUGAGAAGGCAGCUUUUUGUGUAUCUUUGGAUGAAGAUUCUCAAGACUUUAAUUUGGAAAAACCAAAGUUAUUAGAUGCCUAUGGAAAGGCUAUGUUACAUGGUAAAGGCUAUGAUAGAUGGUUUGAUAAAUCUUUUACACUUGUUGUUUGUUCAAAUGGAAGAAUUGGCUUUAAUGCGGAACAUUCUUGGGCUGAUGCACCAAUUAUGGCACAUCUGUGGGAAUAUGCCAUAUCUGAAGACAGUCUUCACUUGGGAUAUACUGAAGACGGUCAUUGCAAAGGUUCUCCAGAACAGACACCACCCAAUCCUAUCCGAUUAGAAUGGGAUAUCCCUAAACCGUGUCAAACUGUGAUUGAUCAACAACUUCAGAUAGCUAAACAACUGAUCAGUGAUGUUGAUCUUCAUCUUCUCGUACACACAGCAUUUGGUAAAGGUUUCAUUAAGAAAUGUAAAGUCAGUCCAGAUGCUUUCUUACAAAUUGCCUUACAAUUAGCUUAUUUCAGAUCUGCUGGUAAAUUCUGCCUGACUUAUGAAUCAUCUAUGACAAGAUUGUUCCGUGAAGGUAGAACUGAAACGGUUCGAUCUUGUACUAUUAAAUCUUGUGAUUUUGUCAAAUCUAUGACUGCCGGCACUCAAACAGGAAAAGAACUUAUUGCUAAAUUUCGUGAAGCAGCUGAUCAACAUCAACAAGGUUAUCGUGAUGCUAUGACUGGUAAAGGAAUUGAUCGUCAUCUAUUCUGUUUAUAUGUGGUAUCUAAAUAUCUAGGUGUUGAUUCACCUUUCUUAGCUGAAGUACUGAGUGAACCAUGGAGAUUAUCAACAAGUCAGACACCACAUCAGCAAACCAAUCGCAUAGAUUUAGUUAAACAUCCUAAACAAAUCUGUGCUGGAGGAGGAUUUGGUCCUGUUGCGGAUGAUGGUUACGGUGUAUCUUACAUUGUGGCUGGUGAAGACAUUAUCUUUUUCCAUAUCUCUUGUAAACGAUCCUGUUCAACUACUGAUGCUAACAAGUUUGGUGCUGCGAUAUGUAAAGCUAUGGCAGAUAUCCGUAAUCUAUUUGAAUCUAAUUAAAGAUUGUAGAAUUUAGGGCAUUUAUAUUUCAAGGCUAUAUGUGAUUGCUUAGACACCUUUAAAAGGAACAAUGUGCAUAAUGGCUGCACAAUAUCUGAAACUUUGUCCAUUUUAUGUUUUAUGUUAACUAUUAAUUUUAUAUUAUUUAAUUUUUAAGUAAACCAUAGGUUUUUAACGAGAUUUUAAGAAAGGGCCAAAAAGGCUUAGUGUUGAAUGCUUGACAUUAUUUAUAGAGUGCCGGUGAUGUUAACUUUGUUACUAAUUAACAACUGUGUGAACUAGUUUAUUUUGUGAUUUUUGAUCUAAUUUGCUAGGGGUUAUUUAUUUUUUUUUUUUUUUUGUAAUUGUCCAUCUAUGAAAUUUUACUAUCGGUACUUUACCUAUAUUCAUUCAGUCACACAUUGAUGGCUUCUAUAUUAAAACAUAAACAAAUUUUUAUAGAAUUCUCAUCCAGUUCAAAUAUUAUAAAUCCUUCUUUCAAACAUUCUGUUUAAUUUCUUUAUAACUUGAAUUUUUUCCUUUAAAUUCACUGAAGAAGCAUAUCAACUAAAACUUUAUUCAUGGCAUUUUAUGUCAAUACUAAAUGAUAUUAUAGGUUGGGAAGAAAAUUUUGUUUUAGCUCCAUUUGCAAUUUUUAUUGCUCAAUGUAUUCUUUUAUUAUUUAUUUUAAAUGCAAUUUUCAAUGCAAAGUUCUUUGAGAUUCAGGGUUAAACACAUAAUGUUCAAAUAUGCAUGCAUUUAUCACAGGAUGUAACAAAUUCAUCAUUUAUGAUUGUAUGAUAUAAUCAAUAACAUGUUACAAGUGAGGAAGAACCUCAUUAAGUUUGAUGCAAGAUAUGCAGGCAAAAGUUAUUUUAUCUUCAACAGUUUUAUUGUUAAAAUAUAGUAUAUUUUAAAAAUGUGUGUUUUAGUUAAAAAGAAAAAAAAAAUCAUUUUAGACCAAAUCAUUGUUUAGGGAAGUAAAACCACAUAGCAUUCCUGUAUUUAACUAUCAUUGAGGGAUGUUUUGGUUCUUCAUUAAAUAAAUUCUUGACAGAAAUAUAAACAUAUAUAAAUAUUG